AUGCCUACAGGAUACACCUCUGUGGCGGCAUUUUUCAAACCCUCGAACAUCUUUCAACGUUUGAUGAAGAAGAUAAAGAGCAUUCUUGCCAGAUUUUCUAGCUGGUUCAGUUGGAAAAAAUCGAAGCCUGCUCCUCAAGACUCGACGGUUGUUAUCAAGGACACUAGAAUAACGCCAGCAGCUAAAACUUCUAAUGGUAUGAAGUCUACAUCUAAUGAGCCGAAAUGGGCUACAGAGUCAACCACUGUUGAAGUGUCUCCCAAAUAUGAACCUAGCACAGAUGCCAAACCAAAAUGGAAUGAACCGCCGAGAGAUGAUUCACCGCGGGUAACCAGCUUCACGUCUUCAAUUUAUUCGGCACCAGGCCACACUAAUCCUUCAAGGUUAACCAGCUUCAAGUCUUCAUUUGAUUCGAAGCCAGAUCAAGCAAAGCCAGCUUGGAAGGCUAAUUACAUGUUUCUGGACAUAAGUAAUGGAAUAACGGAAAGAGAAACUGCAAAUAUGCCCCUCAGGGAUGAUAAAUUACUCAAUACACCCACAACGGACUCGUUCGCAUCCCAUAACAGAAAAUUCCGUCCACUCCCGCACAAAAAACCAUUUACUGGCACCACAUCGGCAAACAAUAUUUUCGACAUUCCCAGUGCUGAGCAUUUGAGUAGAAAUCAUCUGUCCGCCGUUGAAACACAUCCCACUAACAAGCCACCAAGAUGGGAUCCGAAUCCAUUUACUCACGAUAAUUCGCAUCCAUUUACUUACGAAAAUUCGCACCAUUUUACAUACGAUAAUUGGCAUCCAUUUACUUACGGAAAUUCGCACCCUUUUACACACGAUAAUUUACACAGCCAAACUUCGUCAAGCUUCGUGUUCAGCCCUAUCUAUAACGAUCACCGUAAUAGUGGUGUACGAAUGUCUAGCGUUGCAUGGCGUACCCCCAAGCAAGUAUCUCAGGUGUUUAGGAGAUUUCCUGCAACUGACAGUGGUAUUGUGAACCCUCCUGUGUCCGCCAGCGUGCGCGACAGCCUGAGACGAAAUGGAGAUCCUCGAGUGAUUCGUUCUGCUUACAUUCCAGCUGCGCGCAUUGAAGCACUAAGCCCUGAGAAUGCUGAAGUGACUCGUUUGACUGGUCGCUCUGAACUAAUUAAACCUGAAGUUCCGGUACCAAAUCUUCCUGUUCGAGCUAAAACAACCAAAACUGACGUUGCUAAAGUCACUCCUUCAACUGUUCGCACUAGAAAAAUCGAAAUUAAAGAUCCAGUACCCAAUCUUGCUGCUGGCGGUAAGAGACCCAAAACUGAGGAUGCUGAAGUGAUUCCUGCAACUGUUCACGCUAAAAGAAUUGAAUCGAUGAUUCAGUACCUAGUCUUGCGGUUCGCGGUGAAAGACCCAGAACUAAGGAUGCUGAACCGACUCCUUUGA